AAUAACGUACAUAAAAACAGAGAGAGCGUGUAUUGUUUACUUCAGUGGCGUUUCGGCGGUCGACUGGCCAAUACGCUCUCUGAAUUCUUGGAAGCCUCUCCCCGUUGCGCAGUUCGAUUAUCCCCCUGCUCUUCUCCUUAAUCCCCGAAAUCCCGACAUGGUUUUCGUGGAGCUCUUAAUAUUCGUGGCCUUCAUCGGUUUGUUGCUGUACAAAUGGUCUGUCUACACCUUUGGUUACUUCUCAAAGAGGGGCGUGGCCCACGAGAAGCCCACGCCUGUGCUGGGUAACAUUCCCUGGUCGGUGCUGAUGGGCAAGGAUUCGUACAUAAAGCACAACAUUGCCCAGCACCUUAGACUGAAGCGGCACAAGGCCUACGGAGUGUACAACCUGCGGGAUCCUCUGUACUACCUCGCCGAUCCGGAACUGAUCCGCCAGGUGGGCAUCAAGAGCUUCGAUAACUUCGCCAAUCACCGCAAGGGAAUAAGCGACGGACCGAAUGAGACAACCUUGCUGUCCAGGAGUCUGCUCAGCCUGCGGGAUCGUCGCUGGAAGCAGAUGCGCGGCACCUUGACGCCCACAUUCACCAGCCUCAAGAUCCGCCAGAUGUUCGAGCUCAUCCAGUGCUGCAACGUGGAAGCAGUGGACUUCCUGCGGCGCCAGUCGGAUGGAGGCAGUGUGGAACUGGAGCUGAAGGACUUCUUCACCCGCUACACAAACGACGUGAUUGCGACGGCCGCCUUUGGCAUCCAGGUGAACUCCUUCCGGGAUCCCAACAACGAGUUCUUCUCGCUGGGUCAGCGGAUCUCGGAGUUUAGUUUCUGGGGCGGACUUAAGGUCAUGCUCUACAUCCUGGUGCCCAAGUUGAUGAAGGUGCUGCGAGUGCCCGUGAUGGACAUGAACAACGUGGACUACUUCAGGAAACUAGUCUUCGAUGCCAUCGAGUGUCGCAAGAAGCAAAACAUCGUGCGACCCGACAUGAUCCACCUGCUGUUGGAGGCCCAGAGGCAGUUAAGGGCAGACCAGGAGGGAUCUCGCGAAGGUGGAAGCCAGGAGGACAGUGCCCGUUUCGAUGACGAGGACCUGCUGGCCCAGUGCCUGCUGUUCUUCACGGCGGGUUUCGAAACCGUUGCCACCUGCCUGAGCUUCACCUGCUACGAGCUCAUGAUGAAUCCCGCGGUGCAGGACGAGCUGUACGAGGAGGUCCUGGCCGUAAGGGAGGCACUGGCGGAAAGGCCGCUGGACUACGACACCCUGAUGGGCAUGAAGUACCUGGACUGCGUGGUCUCCGAGUCGCUGAGGAAGUGGCCGCCGGCCAUCGUGCUCGAUCGGAUGUGCGCGUCCGACUUCCAGCUGAAGGACGAGGAGGGCGAGGUGGUGCUUAGCCUGCGCCAGGACGACCUGGUGCACAUUCCCGUGGUGGCGCUGCACCACGACCCGGACAACUUCCCCGACCCGGAGGCAUUCCGGCCGGAGCGGUUCGACGAGGAGCACAAGCACGAGAUCCGGCCGCUCACCUACCUGCCCUUCGGCGUGGGCCAGCGGAUGGCGCUGAUGGAGGUGAAGGCGCUGAUCUUCCAGCUGGUCCUGCGCCACCGGCUGAAGCCCACGGAUCGCACUCCCCGGGACAUGAUGGACAGCAUCGCGGGCUUUCGCCUGAUGCCGCGGGAGUUGUUCUGGUGCAAGCUGGAGUCCCGCGGAAGCGCUUAAUUAUUAAAACGCCCCCGAGCACACAUAAAUAAUAAUAAAGGGGGAAAAGCGAAACAAACGUGGCAAUUUAUUUCAUCUGGACACCC